UAUAUAUUUUUUUUUACCAGGUGAUUGGCAAUGAAGUGACAGACCUAAACCCAACAAGUGGCAUCUCGCGAAGCAGGGAUAUCAAGAUGUCGCGGAUGUCGAGGAAUCUCUGUUUUGCCAUCUGUGUUGCCGUGGGAAACAUCCUCUUCUACCUGGUCAUGUCUGGAAGUCUUGUGGCCUUCAAGAAGAAAGAGCCUGUUGAGCAAUCUGGCAGAAUCCACCAUCUUAGGGCGGAGAUGUUUGAAGAUGAGAUAUCCAAGCUGGUAAAGUCGGCAGUCAGAGAUCACGGCAUGAGUAGGCAAAACCUGAGCAUGAUGCUUGAGAAUGCCUACAGGGAACAUGAAGCAGAAGAAGAUCGGAAGCGCAAGAACAACGAUCAAGACCUGACCAUGGCACUCGAACAUGCAUACAGGGGACAUGCAACGUCCGAACGUGACAGUAUGGAUGACUUCUUCAUCCACAAAGGGAAAUCGGUAUCCACGAAGAGGACCUCUGACACAGCAACGCUUCAUAACAAUAAGUCAAGGGAAGAAAAACCAAAAGACGACAUGACUAUUGAGGAUCUUCCACCUAUUCACUCUGUGGAGAAGGAAUUAGAACCUUUGGAUGUGGGAAAGGUUGAGGAAGUACAAUUUCCUGCAGAGCGUAAUGAUAAAGGUGGUGUGUUGGAUGUCAUCGGGCAGAUGUUUGGAGGAAGCGGUAAAAAAGAGAAACCUAUUGUUUUCCCCCACGACUACAACCUGGUUCUGAAUGAACCCAACAAGUGCAAGAACAGCGACGGCAGUGACAAGCCAAUUUUCUUCCUGGUGCUUGUCAUGAGCAUCCACAAGAAUUUUGACCAGAGAAAUGCUAUACGCAGAACGUGGGGAAGUCCCACAGAGAUAGACGGCAAGCAGAUUGUGACGUUGUUCCUUCUCGCUAAAAGCACGAAUGCUAAACACCAGUCCCUAGUAGAACGAGAAAGCAAGCAAUACAAAGAUAUCCUCAUGGAAGAUUUCAUGGACACUUAUAAGAACCUGACAAUCAAAACGAUGAUGGGGAUGAAGUGGGCCAGUAUCUACUGCCCCCAUGCCAACUACAUCAUGAAAACUGAUGAUGAUAUGUACAUCCAGUAUGCCAACAUCAUCCCACACCUUUCAAAGCCUAUUACACCAACUUCAAAUUAUGUGAGUGGAUUUGUCAUCAAUGGUAGUCCUAUCCGUGACCCCAAAAGCAAGUGGUACAUGCCGAAAGAGACCUACCCUGGUACUAAAUAUCCACCGUUUUGUUCUGGGACAGGGUAUAUGUUCUCAGGUGAUGUUGCGGGGAAGGUCUACGAGACAUCGCUUCACACGCCUUUCCUAUACCUGGAGGACGUAUUCUUUGCCAUUUGUAUACAUUCCCUCCAAAUAGUGCCCAUCAAUCACAAGGGUUUCAACAAUUGGCGGACACCCUAUUCUUAUUGCAAGUACAAGCGCAUUUUUACAACUCACAUGGUCCCUCCGACAGAAAUGCGAAGAAUAUGGGACGACCAGAAGACUAAAAAAGGGUACAAAUGUUAUAUAUGAUAAGACGACAAACCAAGAGCAAUGUAGAGUACUACUUUGUAGGAAAUGGAAAGUUUCAGGUAACUUUCAUUUUAUUACUUUGCUCUGCAAGACUUUGACAAUCAGUUUUUAUUCGUGCUGCAUUUUAUGGAAUUGUGGUACAAGAGGAGAAACUUUAGGAGCAGUGCUUAACCUACUCAUUCACUCGAGCCAGAUAGUCCCUGUACGAAGCCUGUGUGAAUGACAGAAUUCAGUAGUCGACAACAUAGGGCAUGUCAGCUGCAAGAAAAUAUUUGCAAUCGCAAAUAUUCUGUUGCAAUUCUACAGUUGAUAGAUCAAUUUUAACUGAAAAAUCAGAUUGCCCUGUUUGUUUCAAGAAGCAGAUUAGGAAAUCAAUCGCAAUUACUUUCAAAACUUAUGAUUGAUUUAGGGACCGAAAAUUGACUUACAAUUGAUCGCAAGUUUCUUGCAUUGCCCUAUUAACUCUUUGCGCGCUGAUGUUGCAUUCUUGCACUUUCGCGCAAUUAGAUUCAACAAUCAUAAUGAGUUUUCUCCCCUAAAUUCAAAUUUGAUAAGCCAAUAUGUGGCAAUAGUUCUUGGCCAACAUCUAUAUAAUAAUGAUAAGUAUCAGUGGUGCAAUAUGAAAAUCUUGAAUGAAAGAAAAUAACAAGGAAACAAUUAUCAUUAUCUUCCAAAAAUUAAUUCAGUGUGCAAAGAGUAAGCCCUUUGGAGGCUGAGUCUGCAUAUAUGCAGGCUGGAGUCUUUGGAAAACAUUUGUUAUGGCAAAAUCAUUUGGUCUCCAACUGGUUAAAGGGAGAGUUCACUCGGACAUCAAGUUGUUCUUGAUAAUUGCAAAGAAAUGAGAGAACAUAUUACUGAAAGUUAGACAAAAUAAAUCAAAGAACAACGAUUAAUACAUGAUUUCGAGAUUAUCACACAUGCGAGCAGCUCUUCCAAACGUCAUGAAAUAUAAUAUCCAUUCAUUCUAAUCUGUUUUAACGAUUUCCUGACAGAAGUUAUCUAUGAAAUGAUGUGUCUGUUGAUACAUUGAAUGUACAUUAAACAGGUGAAAAAUUUCUGAGAAAAUGGCAUUUCAUGGAUUUUUUUUAUAAAUUGAGCUUUUUGUAUGUGACAUAACACAAAUCGAAAACUUUGAAACUUUUGUAACUCUGAAAAAAAAAACAAAUUUUGAAAGAAACUCCCAAAACAUGUCUUUUCCCUUAUUAGUUGCUUUUGUUAGAAACAACCUAAUGUCCGAGUGGACUUUGCCAUUAUAAAAGUACAAUCUCUUGUUGAAUGAAGAGUUUGUAACUUUAUAUCUUCGUAAACAAAGCAUCAGAAAUAAGCCUCACGAAAAGCAAGUU